AUCGAUCCCGCGUCCUUGCUCUCGCCACAACAUGCUGCGGCAACAAUUGAUCCGGUCAUUGAAGCGGCCUGCGUCCCAGGCAGGCUUCAAUGGCAGCCGGGCCUUUACUGCCUCUGCCCGCAAGCCGGCGGAGGUGGAGCUCACCAUCGAUGGGAAAAAAGUGUCAAUCGAAGCUGGCUCGGCCCUUAUCCAAGCUUGCGAGAAAGCCGGAAGCACCGUUCCCCGAUACUGCUACCACGAGAAACUGAUGAUUGCCGGUAACUGCCGCAUGUGUCUGGUCGAGGUGGAGCGGGCUCCUAAACCUGUGGCCUCGUGCGCGUGGCCAGUACAGCCUGGGAUGGUAGUCAAGACCGACUCGCCCCUCGUCCACAAGGCCCGCGAGGGUGUCAUGGAGUUCUUGCUCGCCAACCAUCCGCUUGACUGCCCCAUUUGCGAUCAGGGAGGCGAGUGUGAUUUGCAGGAUCAGUCCAUGCGGUAUGGCGGCGACCGAGGGCGAUUCCACGAGGUCGGUGGCAAGCGUGCGGUUGAGGACAAAAACAUCGGUCCCUUGAUCAAAACUUCCAUGAACAGAUGCAUUCACUGCACAAGAUGUAUUCGAUUCUCCAACGACGUUGCGGGCGCACCCGAAAUGGGCUCCACCGGCCGCGGCAACGACAUCCAAAUCGGCACCUACCUUGAGAAGACGCUCGACUCUGAGAUGUCUGGAAACGUUAUUGAUCUCUGCCCCGUUGGCGCUCUAACAUCGAAGCCAUACGCAUUCAAGGCCCGGCCCUGGGAACUCUAUCACACCGAAACAAUCGAUGUGCUGAAUGGUCUAGGCUCCAACAUCCGUGUAGAUGCUCGUGGCCAACAGGUUAUGCGAAUACUGCCCAGACUCAACGACGACAUUAACGAGGAAUGGAUCGAUGACAAAUCACGAUUUGCCUGUGACGCGCUCAGCACCCAACGACUUGUGAACCCUCUCAUUCGUGUCGACAACCAGUUCCAGCCAGCCUCCUGGGAGCAAGCGCUCGUUGAAAUUGGCAAUGCAUACAAGAAGAUUGCACCAAAGGCCAACGAAUUCAAGGCUGUUGCAGGUCAUCUGACAGAGACGGAAACCUUGGUCGCCAUGAAAGACCUUGCGAACAGACUUGGCUCUGACAACCUUGCUCUCGAUCAGCCAGGUGGCAGUGAACCAAUCGCGCACGGUAUCGACGUUCGAUCAAACUAUGCUUUCAACUCAAAGAUCUACGGUGUAGAAGAGGCGGAUGCUAUCCUUCUCAUCGGUACCAAUCCACGACAUGAAGCUGCUGUGCUCAACGCGCGUAUCAGAAAACAAUGGCUGAGAUCCGACUUGACCAUCGGUCUUGUUGGCGAGGACUUUGAGAGCACUUUCGAAUACGAGAAUCUUGGAUCAUCUUCCACUGACCUCAAGAACGUCUUCUCUGGCGAGUUCGGCAAGAAGCUACAGUCGGCUAAGAAACCAUUGAUCAUCGUCGGUAGCGCGGUCACCGAACACCCAGACGCCAAAUCUAUCUACGAGCAAGUCGGUGCAUUCGUAGAGAAGUCCAAGGCCAACUUCCAAACACCCGAAUGGAACGGCUAUAACGUCCUCCAGAGGACCGCUUCACGAACUGGUGCUUUUGAGGUCGGCUUCACAGUGCCGUCGCCUGAGGUUGCGAACACAACCCCCAAAUUUGUGUGGUUACUUGGAGCCGAUGAGAUCAACGAGGCCGAGAUUCCAAAGGAUGCCUUUGUGGUUUACCAGGGUCACCACGGUGACCGAGGCGCCCAGCUUGCUGAUGUCGUCCUUCCCGGUGCUGCAUAUACCGAGAAGUCUGUCACAUACGUGAAUACUGAGGGCCGCGUGCAGAUGACGCGUGCCGCCGUCGGCCUUCCAGGUGCCUCGCGGGAAGACUGGAAGAUCAUCCGCGCAGCCUCAGAAUAUCUUGGUGCCGAGCUUCCGUAUGAUGACGUCGAGGCUCUCCGAGAUCGCAUGGUGGAAAUCUCCCCUGCGCUGCGCAUGUACGACGUUGCCGAGCCUGUCGCGCUUCCAGAAUUGAGCAAGGUGCAAUUGGUAGAUCAGAACAAGGGCUCUAAAUCGAGUGGGCAGGCGCUCCAGAAGCCCAUCGAGAAUUUCUUCUUCACAGAUGUCAUCUCCAGGAAUUCCCCCACAAUGGCACGCUGCUCAGCCGCCAAGGCUGCGAAGAACUCGGAGACAAACUUCAUGGCGCCGGGCGAGCCCAACCCUCAGGUUGCCUACGGUGCUUGA